GUGUCUCAUUAACUAGCUGGUUAUGCAACAGCGCUGGACUCGGCGAGGUAUUUGAUCACAGACACGGGGUGAACUGGCUGAGCGCUACAUUGUUGCAAAAAGCAGAGCUGGCUACACAUUGAACCGGAAAUGGGGCACUGCUGUGAAAUGUGCGCGGCAUAAUCCGACGACCUCUUGCAGGCACAACCUCAGUCUGUGAAGUGUUUCCUCAAAGUGAUAGUGUCACAUCCACUACAAUGCACAUAUCGUUGGCUUGCCUCGCCAAGCCUGUUCUUCACGGAUACUUCAGAAGCUCCUGCUCCUGGAGGGUUCGAAUUGCAUUUGCUCUGAAAGGUAUUGAAUAUGACCAGGUUCCCGUCAACCUUAUCAAAGAUGGAGGUCAACAGCUUACAGACAAAUUCAAGACAUUAAACCCUAUGCAACAAGUGCCUGCAGUCGAAAUUGAUGGCAUCACCAUCUCUCAGUCACUGGCAGUGAUCCAGUACAUUGAAGAGACAAGGCCAGGACCUCGGCUUCUUCCUACAGACCCAAAGAAACGAGCCCAGGUUCGGAUGAUAUGUGACCUCAUCGCCUCUGGGAUACAGCCUCUGCAGAAUUUGUAUGUGAUCCAGAAGAUAGGAGCAGAGAAGGUGCAGUGGGCACAGCAUUUCAUUGAACGUGGUUUUCAAGCUCUAGAGCCCAUUCUGAAAGAAACAGCAGGGAAAUACUGUGUUGGGGAUGAGAUCUCCAUGGCAGACAUCUGUCUGGUCCCACAAGUAUACAAUGCAGAGAGGUUCAAAGUGGAUGUCGGGAAAUAUCCAACAAUCAAAAGGCUGAACCAGACCUUAAUCGAGAUUGAGGCUUUCAAAGUGAGCCACCCAUCGUGUCAGCCCGACACACCUGCUGAUCUGCGUGCAUAAAAUAAUGGAUUACCAACAUCUGAGAGACAGGAAUGCCACUCUGUAUAUUGCUUAAUAAAACACUUCAAUACUAA